AACCAUUAUAUUGCCCUGUACCAACACGGGUGUUGAGAAGCAGAAUUAAUACUUUGCAUGGUAGCAAGUGAAUCGUAAGAGAAUUUUUGGAAAUUAUCGUAUUCUCACGGCAUACAUCGCGAUGGUGAUCAAGAUGUGACAGAUAUUAAAACUUUACAGCGAAGCUGUUACACUUGGGGAGUAUAAAUAUUCAAAGAUAACCAGCUUGGAUACUCUUUAGUGAACCAUUACAUGAAUGCAUUCUCACUCGGAGAGUAACUUGGAAGAUAACUACUCGAUAGUGAACCACUACACAUGGAUGCAGUACACUUGGGGAGUAAAUAUGGAAGAUAACCACUAUAUAGUGAACCACUAUACAUUGAUGCAUUGACUCUUUGGGAGUAAAGCAAAAAUACUCACUCUUCAGUGCAUGUGGAUGCAUUGAAAAUUAAAAAUUGUGUGUAAAUACGGAAAUAUAACAGCUGACAUGUGGAUGGCAAUGGUGGUUUAUUUUCAAUUUUGAGGAAACGUAGAAGGUUUCAUACUGCACGUGGAGUAACUUAUCAUUUUUCCGUUCGGAAAGACUUAAUCUGCACUACAGCGAGGAUUUUUGAAUUGGGUAGCCAUGGAUUCCUGUCUGCGAAUUUUUUACUUCGCUCUUUACGCUAUCAUGGCUGGACAUCUUGAAGGCAUGCGGAUGCGUCGACCAGAAGUUCCAGAGAGACCACACAACGGUGAGGACGACCAAUAUGGUUAUCUCGAUAGUAAGUACGAUAUUGAAUCCCAAUACACAUUGAAAGUGACAAACACAGAGAACAACGAGGUGGUCUUCUUUCCAGCGCCCCCUAGGCCACCACCGACACCGCCCAAUGUUAGGAUGGAUGACGUCAUCAUAGAUCUCAUUCUCAAACAGAUGUCAACGGGUGAGUUGUCCGGGGAGCAGGCUUUGUCGAAUAUCACCAUCGGGACGGCUGGGCCUGUCCCCACAGCGUCCAAAAAUAUCGAGUGGAUUUAUCCAAAAGGCUUCGGUCCAAAUAACCGCCCAAUUAAGGGACAGCGGCAGAGACCAGACCAACGCCUGAAUCGCGGACAAAGAUUACCUGGCGGAGGCCUGACGAGGGCAGACAAGGGGACCGAUGACAAUACCAAGGGAAACCGAGGCAGGAAAGGUGAUAGGGAGAAGGGUGGCAGGGGUAAUGCCGGUGACAGGGGUAAGGGAGGCGACAGAAGUGAUGCUGAUGCUGAGGAUGGGAAUGAAGAAGGAAGUGGUGGACCAUCGAGGAGAUGCAAAUGUAAGAGAGGGCAUAGAGGGCGAAGAGGCCCCCAAGGUCUUAAAGGCGACCCUGGCAAGAUUGGCCCUAGAGGGCCCAAAGGUGAUCACGGUUUGCCUGGCUUGCCCGGAUCUCAGGGACCUCCAGGACCGACGUCGUUCAUUGUGGAGGGUGGUCAGUCAGCUGGAUCGCUCAUACCCGGGCCAACAGGACCGCCAGGACGACCCGGGCCAUUCGGACCUAAGGGUGAACGAGGAUCUUCUGGCAUGCCUGGGUCGAAGGGGGAAGUGGGCCCAGCAGGGCCGCCGGGGCCUCCAGGUGGCGUCGGACAGAAAGGCAAACGGGGGAGGGAUGGCAUACCCGGGUUGGUUGUCUUUCCGAGUGAGGCCAGUAUGAUGGCCGAGAAAAUCGAGGGUCUGCUGGUAUACAGAUCAGACGUGCAGCAGCUGUAUCUGCGGGAUAAAACAACUUGGAGACUCCUCAAGGUCUCACGCUGUGGCGACGGCGUCAUAGAUGCACAUGAUGGUGAGGAAUGUGAUGACGGAAAUGACAUCAUAUCCGACGGAUGUGCAGACUGCUACCUAGCGUAUUGUGGCGAUGGCCUUGUCUACAAGGGCAUAGAAGAGUGUGAUGGGAACGAUUUCUUCGGAGCUACGUGCAGCACCUACCGGCCAGGAUAUGUUGGAGAGUUGGGGUGUUCAAGGGAUUGCACGAUAGACUAUAGCAACUGCCGCCAAGGAGGUUAAAAGCCGGACUCCUCUCUUUUCUCUCGAAUUUUGAGAGCACAAUGUAUACACUAAAUAUCGGGUAGAUAAGAAAACGCGCCGAACUUCAGGGGUUGAUAAUUUCUUCUUCAUUUUUUGUACUCUAGUGAAAUUUAUUCCAUGUAUAGAUCUGCUAUUUCUGUGCUUAUUCUGAAAUUGUGGUAUCAUUUGAAGCCACAUGCGACAAUCUUAAGCAACUAUUUAAAAAACCCGAAAAUAUUAGUUUCAACAGCAGGUUUAUUUUUGAACAUUCUUUGAAUAAAUUGCAUUUAUUAUGCUGACACUGCAUACAAGGAAUGAUAACGAUAUUAGUAUACACUUCUGCUGUACAUCUUUUGGUUUUAUUCGGGGUGGCCCAGAAUU